GUUUUUAUGGCUGGGGUUUUUAAAUAAAAAUAGAAAAAUUAACAUCUUUUUAUUGGUACAAAAGAUUGAUAGGAUUUCGAGAAAAAGUGAAAAAUAUUGUAAUGAUGUAGGCUGGUUGAGGUGGUAGUUAGGGAGAAGCAAGAAGGGCUACUAUGGAAAGGUUGCUUGUUGGGAAGGUUGCCUGUUCAAAUACCGUCCCUAGGCGUCUAAACUUAGUGCCUAACUCUUCAUAUAAUAUUAAAAAAAAUUUCAAAAUUUUUAAAAAUAUUUUUUUCAAUUUUUCCCUCAUUUUCCUUUCCUUUUUUAACCUCCCAAAAGGCUAAUUUUCUCAAUUCUUAUCCCCUUGUAAGUACAUAUAUACUUUUACUAUCUACACAUAGUCAAUCCCCAUUAACACACACCAACUUCAUCCAUUCAUUGACCAACGUCCAUUUCCGUAGGGAAAUUUUUGCGCGCACCGUCCAAAAGCUUUUCAAUCUAUUUUUGCUUCAGUGGCACAUUCCUCCCCUUUCUUCCCCCUUCAUUU